UCUCUGAGCAGGGAGUGCCGCUCAUGGCCGGAUCCGCUGGCUUUUCCCCUCGUGCGUGGCCUCCGCUUCCCCAGGCGCGCUUCGCCUGGCUUUGCGCCGUGGCGGCCGUCGGUGCUGUGGCUCUGGGGGUGGCUGCGGCGUGGCGUCGCCGGCGGACUCGUGGAGGGCUGGUGCAGGUGGGGACGGUGUCGGAGCUGCUCAUCUACCCGGUCAAAUCCUGCCAAGGUGUGUCUGUAACGCGGGCCGAAGUGACCCGGCUGGGCCUCCGCCUAGGGGACCUUAGCGACAGAUUUUGGGCUGUGAUCAAGGAAGAUGGACGUAUACUGUCUGCUAAGCAGGAACCUCGCUUGGUGCUGGUUUCUGUAACCUGUGAAUCUGGCUAUUUACACUUAAGUGCUCCAGGCAUGAAAACAGUGAGUAUUCCUGUCAAACUACCCGCAACAAAUUCCAUCUGCAGUUGCAGGCGCUUUGGAACUGAUGCUGAAGGUAGGGACUGUGGAGAUGAAGCAGCUCAAUGGAUCACAACCUUCCUAAACUCAGCGCCUUACAGACUGGUCCAUUAUGAAACAGACAUGAAAACAAGGAAACCAAUUGCUUUCCUGCCUCUUUUCAAACCUACAGAUGAGGUUGCCUAUGCAGAAGCCGGUGCAAUCUUAUUAAUUUCUGAAGCUUCCAUGGAACAUCUAAAUGCCCAGUUAGAGAAGAAAAUCAAAAUAACCAAUUUCCGGCCAAACAUAGUUGUGACAGGUUGUGCUCCUUAUGAAGAGGAUACAUGGGUUCAGAUAUUGAUUGGUCAGGUGAAGUUGAAAGGACGAAUGUCUUGUCCCAGGUGUAUAUUCACAAAGGUUGAUCCAGACUCUGGGAUUAUGGAUAAGAAGGAACCACUAAAAACGCUGAAAAGCUACCGCAAGUGUGAUCCUUCUGAACAACAUUCCUUUAAGAAUGACCCCCCUUUUGGAUGGCUAUAUGCUGUUGAUAGAACUGGAGUAAUUCAAGUUGGAGACCCUGUGUAUAAGAUAAUCUGCUGACUGAAGAUAUAUAUAGUACCUUUCAGUCACAUUUUUGGUGCCUCCUACUACAUGGAAUGGGAAAGUGCAUUAUGCAUGAUUGUCACAGUGUGCAAAACAGCCAUUUUGUCUCAACUGGGUGCUACAUGUUUAUUCCAAUUUAAGUACGUGUGAACUUGUGGGAUUCUUAGAAGCACCUGGUUGGCUACUAUGUAAACAGACUGCUGGACUUGAUGGGCCUUGAUCUGAUCCAGCAUGGCUGUUCUUAUGAAUGCAUACCCUGAACAAAGUCAAUUGCACAUGAUGCUUUCUCCUGGUUCACAUAGUAAGCACUCAGAAAAUGUAAUGACUGAAAUGGGCUUAUGUAAAAAUGAAUAGUGUUCAUUUCUUGUGCAAACAGACUUUCUGCAUGGAUUCUGCUAAACUUUGUUGAAUGUGAAAGUCAGCUGUUUUAAAACCCUUUGAGAAGUUUACAGUUUGAAGUCUUUAACUGGAUCUUUUAAAGCUUGUAAUUCCUGCACAGGUUGACUGCACUUAUACCUUUAUUUGGUCUGGUUUUGAUGGAACCUGACCCUAUGUGUUCAGAGGAUUGGGGGAGAGUGCAUACCUUGCACACUAACCUCACUGCUACCAGUCAUGUAUGCAGUUGAGUAAUACCUGAAUAGGGUUGAAUUCUUGGCCCUUUCCGCAUGGGCCAAUAGCAGCACCCUAGGGAUGGCAAAAACGCCAUCCCGAGGGAGCUGUUCGCAUGGGGGGGGGGGCACAGCUGCAU